GUGGUAUUUGACGACUAGAACAGACGAAAUAGUCUUCUCUCUGACCUAGACUCUAUGCCCCCAUUCUGCGACGUCACGCCGUGCGCCGGAAGUUAGACUGUCAUGCUGUAACCAUGAACGCUUACAGAGGGUUUGCCCUUCUCUGCCGCGGUGUCUCCCGGUGCCAGGUGCCUAGAAGACAGCCCUUUCCCGCUUGCGUGUGCACUGUCACACAGACAUACAGACUGCUAAAUACUAGCCAUGCUGUAACUACACAGCCCCCAGAGCCUUACCCGAAGGAUAUACAGUCCCGAGUCCAGAAGCUGAUAAGCAGCACGGAUGAACCAGACCUCCUGUACAAGAAGAUAGAAGUAUUAGCAAAAGGUCAUGACAAAACGGUGCUGGACAGCUAUGAGUACUUCACAAUCCUAGCAGCUAAAGAACUCGGCCUCCAUGUGGAGAAGGUGUCUGAGCCGAAGAGAAAGAUUGAACGUUUCACCCUUUUAAAAUCAAUUCACAUUUUCAAGAAACACAGAGUGCAGUAUGAGAUGAGGACACAUUACAGAUGCCUGGAGUUAAAGCACUUAACGGGGAGCACAGCGAAUGUGUACUUGGAAUAUAUCCAGCGCAAUGUCCCAGAAGGUGUCGCCUUAGAGAUAAGAAAGACCAAGCUUGAGAAAUUACCUGAGCAUCUGAAACAGCCAAUAUGGGAUACGUUGGACAGCGAGGAAGAGAGGGAACAUCCAUGAAUUUUGCUUUUAUGCCUUUAUGAAUCCUUAUUUAAACUUGUGAUAAUAAAAAGUUGUUUCGCAUUGUUUAA